UGUUACAAUCGUGUUUAUUUAUUUGAUUGUUCUAAGUGUUACAAUCGUGUUUAUUUAUUUGAUUGUUCUAAGUGUUACAAUCGUGUUUAUUUAUUUGAUUGUUCUAAGUGUUACAAUCGUGUUUAUUUAUUUGAUUGUUCUAAGUGUUUCAAUCGUGUAUAUUUAUUUGAUUGUUCUAAGUGUUACAAUCGUGUUUAUUUAUUUGAUUGUUCUAAGUGUUACAAUCUUGUAUAUUUAUUUGAUUGUUCUAAGUGUUACAAUCGUGUAUAUUUAUUUGAUUGUUCUAAGUGUUACAAUCGUGUAUAUUUAUUUGAUUGUUCUAAGUGUUACAAUCGUGUAUAUUUAUUUGAUUGUUCUAAGUGUUACAAUCGUGUAUAUUUAUUUGAUUGUUCUAAGUGUUACAAUCGUGUAUAUUUAUUUGAUUGUUCUAAGUGUUACAAUCGUGUAUAUUUAUUUGAUUGUUCUAAGU